AUAGAUAUAUACAGCACCUCCAUUUCUAGGGUUUCCUGCCUCCAAACAAACCCUCCACUUCACAGCAGACGCAGCAGCAACAAGAUGAAGACAAUCUUGUCGUCGGAGACCAUGGACAUCCCGGAGGGAAUCGAAAUCAAGAUCAAGGCCAAGGUCAUCGAGGUGACAGGACCCAGAGGAACCCUUACUCGCAACUUCAAGCAUCUCAACCUCGAUUUCCAGCUCAUCACCGACGCAGAGACCGGUAAACAGAAGCUCAAGGUUGACGCGUGGUUCGGAUCCCGCAAAACCACUGCUGCUAUCCGUACUGCACUCAGUCAUGUUAAUAAUUUGAUCAUUGGUGUCACUCAAGGCUUCCGCUACAAGAUGCGCUUUGUUUAUGCCCAUUUUCCGAUCAAUGCCAGUAUUACUAAUGAUAAUACCGCCAUUGAGAUCCGUAACUUUCUUGGCGAGAAGAAGGUGAGGAAAGUUGAUAUGCUUAACGGAGUCACUGUAGUCAGAUCGGAGAAGGUUAAGGAUGAACUUGUAUUGGAUGGAAAUGAUAUUGAGCUUGUUUCCCGCUCUUGUGCUUUAAUUAACCAGAAAUGUCAUGUGAAGAACAAGGAUAUCCGAAAGUUUCUUGAUGGUAUCUAUGUGAGUGACAAGGCGAAAAUAGAAGAGGAAGCUUAAGUCUGCUACACCAUUUUCUUCAUUUCAACACAAGUGUUUGAUUUUAAGGAUGAUUUUAGGUUGUUUUAUUCAACUUUUAAGUUUGUUGAGUUUAGUUUGGACCAUGCCUUUGAUAUAAUGUCAUCAUUAUUUUUGGUAGCAAAAGAUUUCAAAAUUCUCAGUUUUUUAAUUACAUUGCAAGCAGCUAAAUAAAAUGUGUUGGAUUGGCGUU